GGUCUUUUGACGACCGCCAUUUAUAUACCGCUGCUUUUUUUUUACAAAAACAAAGAAAAAACGAAGUUGAAGUGAGUACUGAGUAGUAGCUCUACAUAGUGAAGCUCUACUGUUUUCACUUGUUCCAAAUCAUUUGUCAUUCUUCCAAAAAUGCCGAGAAAGAGGAAAACUCCAAAAGACCCAAAAAUCCAUGAAUUUAGAGGAAGACAAGAUAGAAUUUCCAAUUUGCCUAUCGAAAUUAUCCGUCAGAUUCACUGCUAUCUUCCAGUGAAAGAUGCUGCCAGAAUUAGUGUUUUAUCCCACAAAUGGCAAAGCAUUUGGGCUUCUAGCCCAAAUAUUUAUUUGGACGAAAUUGAUUUUGGGGCCAACUUUCAACAAUACAGCAAUAGAGACAAAGCGAAAAGAAACGCCUUCUUAACUUACUUGCAAAAAUCCUUGGACAGAUGUAACAAUUGUGAAGAACAGGUUGACACUCUCGUCCUUCAAAUGACAGUUGCGAAUUCUUAUGCUGAGUCCCUGGUCCAAAAUGGAUUUAUUUUGCCUUGAAAAAUUAGGUUAAAAUGUUAUACUUAGUUUAAAAACGACUUAUAGUGAGCAUUUUGACUUGCGUAACAUUGUAUUUAUGAGGUUGGUUAAGUUAACUAUCAAGCAUUGUGAGAUUAAAAAUUGUUCUUUUAUGCUUCCUACUCUAAGGUCACUCUUUCUAUUUGAUGUGCGUAUUGAAGAUGAUGAUUUCAAGGAUCUCAUUGCCCGGUGCCCUCAAAUUGAAGAAUUACGCAUUGUGAUUCCUAUAAAAUUGCUUACUAUUGUAGUUUCAAAUCCUACCCUGAAAUUAUUUGGAGUGUAUCUUGUUGUGGUGGUAAAAUACUAAGAGAGUCCAAAAAUCUUGAAUACCUAGUACUGAAGUCUGUGUGUGAAUUAGAGAUUAAUUCCACAACAGCAGUCAGGAAUUUGACUUUGUAUGAUGUUAAUGACUAGAUGGGACAUUAAUGCAUUAUAUAAACAAAUUCCCUCUACUUGAGAAACUCGAGAUACAACAAUAUGUUUACAGUAAGAUGCAAGUUUCUCAUCAGCAUCUGACAAGCUUUGUGCUGGAGGUUUAUGAGGAAGUAAAGAAGGUAAGAAUAGAUGCUCCUAAGUUAAAAUCUUUUGAGUACACGGGUGGCCUCACGUUGAUUCCUGGAAUUGAAGCUUCACGGGAGCUGGAAUUUGUUCGAGUCCAUUUAAACCCCAAAAUGCUCAAUGACCGUUGGUACAUUUGGUUAAGAGAUAUUUUGGAGUCUUUUGCUCAUUCCAAGUAUGUAAGGCUGACUUGCCUAAAUGAACAGGGUAUCAUCUUUCCCGAUGAGCUUAAUGAGACAUUACUUCCAACAAUCAAUGAUCUCAAGACAAUGGAAUUGCGAAUUGAUUCAUCUACUGUCACUUCUCAACAAAUUUUAGAUGGUUUUGUUUGGAUUCUUCCCGGUUUGAAGACUUUGUCCUUGACUUUGGGUUCCAUCACAAAAUUCAUUGAGUUUCCGCCGUGAGGAUGAUGUGAAGGCGCCCUCAGCAGAACCAGUGCACAAUCCAAAAUUAACACAUAAUGAUCAGAGAGUAUGCUUUCUUAGAAUUAAGAUCUGUUUGAACUCCAUAUUACUGUAGGUAGAAACAAAGAGAUUGGAAAUUUUUUUGUAACUGUUAAUGCCAAAAAUUGUUCCAUGGCUUGGUCAGUUACUAUGGUGCUGGACCACUUUUUUAGGAGAAUGCUUUUUCAGAUGUAAUUUUGAGGAAAGGUUAAUGUGAAUAGAAUGCGCAGGAUAGUUGUAAUUUCUUUAUGAAAGCUUUGUGAUUACUUAAGUAGUUUUUUAUA